UAUAAGUCAAAAUCUAUUGGACCGACACAGUUUGUUUCUUACAGAUAUUGCCAAAAGAGCCUUUGCCGUGGGCUUGCAAAGGUCAAUACCAGAAACCAUGCCAGAGGUUGGAAGGCAACACCGUUUACGGUAUGAGCUACUUGGACGCAAAAGCCGACUGUCGGCGACGGGCGAUAAUUCCAAACUCCUGCAUGAAUCCAGUGACACCAUCGCGGAGAUUCGACUCAGGCACUGUGUAUAAAAACAGCUACUUACCUGCAAGAGUGCCGAUUCCUCUCCCAGUUAAGCCACUGCCGAAUCUUGUUCCUUCUACUGCACCCAUGGAAGGAGAAACAGUACAAAAGCUCUCAUUCCUACCAAAUCCGGUGUGCGUUACGCAACCGAUCCGGCCAUGCAACCACGACAUGUGGGGCCAGGGCCCUAUGCAGAACCUCACCACGCAACGUCACGAUUAUGUGCCAAAACCGUGCGCGAUUCGAGAGUCGUGCAAACCGCCGGCAAAAUUCCAUGCUGUUGAACAACCUUUCGAAAAUCGAACCGUAAACCGUUUGUCGUACAUCGAUCCGGGCAAAAACGCGAUACCGAAGUCGUACGCGCCAGACAGAUGCUAUGAGAAACCUGCAGCCAAGAUGGACUGCGAGACAGUCCAGAAGAUGUCGUACCAGCCGGUGUGCGUGCCAAUUCCGCAGAAGCCGCCAUGGGCCUGCAAGGGACAGUACCAGAAACCCUGCCAGAGGAUCGAAGCCACAACCAUCUACAGAUCGUCUUUCCUGCCGCCGGGUGAAGACUGUACAGAGUAUAUCGAUCCCUGCUCUUACGGAGAUUGCAAACCGUGCACGUGCGUGUGCCCAGCGGAAUGUAUAGCGACGGACCCAUGUGCAUGUGCAUGCACGUACCCGCGUGCUGAGUGCUGCAGCUAGCCGAUAGCAGCCGCCAUUUUCCGUCCAAAUUCUAGUCAAGAUGGCGUCGUUGCCUCAUGAGACGUCAAACUGAACAUUUGCUUAUAUUUUUAUUUUCAAUAUGAUCAUGAUUUGAUAUUACUAAUACAUUAUUGCACAUAAUCGUUCUAGAUUUGUUAUAAUGUUAGUAGGUUUUUCUUUUAAUAUUUUCUGAAUUAUAAGAUUAUGGAAUUAUGAUAUUAGAAAUUGUGUUAAGUGUAGAAUAUUCUAGAUUUUAGACAUUGUAUACAUACAUUUAAGAACAGUUUUGUC